AACCUUUUGUUUCCGGAACAAAAACAAACGAAAUAGAGAUGUGUUCGAAGCAUACCGCAUAUCUAUGGUGUGACGUCUCAGGACAUUAACUGAACACUGCAUUGCAAAUGAGCUAGUAGGACUAUAAUACAAGUGUUUAACAUAUAAAUAGUACCAAUCCAAGGAAGGGCAUGUCCAAUACCGUUGUCUUUCAUGCUCAGCUAGCCUCCAUCAUUGAGGUUUUGGCGAAUGCAGCCGUUGCCGAAAUCUGCAAACUUGUAGAUGAUGGCCAUGCUGCCUUACGUUUGGAAAUUUCCCAUAGCCAGAAAGAAAUUGAUAACCUGCGGAGGAAGCUGGUUUUGACAAAAUUCCAGAAUUCUCGACGGAGCGCAGAGAGAUUUGGAGCUCUGCGACGCACAGUUCACAGGCGAGUGGACACCGAUCAUGUUGCCCGGGAGAGAGAGAGCUUCGUAGAAAAGGCAAAAAGCAGACUUGGAUAUUUGGAAAAUCGUUUUGCCUACAGUGAAGGGGGCAAAUGUAUGCAGGAUGUCACCAACCGGAGAGACGCAGGACGCACAGCGACAGACCAGGAUGGGGCCAUGCAGAUGGCAGAUAUGCAAGAGGCACCUCAUAUCAAAGUGGAAAAUCUUGACACCAGCAUAACCGAAGAGAUUGUCCAACCAGUCAGUGAGAGCAGUGAGAAGAUCAUUGUGGCAGAACCAGGUUCUUCAUCCUAUACUGAACCCACAGGCCUUCUGGACCAGCAGGGCAACAGACACAGAGCUCCAGACACCUCACUCAAUAUAGAACCUGAAAACCAGACGUUCCAGCAUCCAGCGUCACAAUACAACAGAACAAGACAGGACCAUCAGGUUGCUGAGGGUGUGACCUGGGAAACUGAACAUCAACCCAUAGAAUACAGCCUGUCCCAAUGGACAGAGAACCAAGAGACUGACAACCCAACUGUGAAUGCUCCUCACAAUGCAGGGCCAGACUCCAAGAGGCUGUCUGGACAUCCAGAGAGGAGAGGAGUGACUGGUAACUCUGGGGUCUGCAUGUCUGCUUCAGGCUCUCUGGACUGGGUGCCUGAUGUGGUGAUGGUGGACUCAGUUCCCAUUAAAGUGGAGGCAGAUAUGAGUUCAGAAUGGAGCAUAACUGGCCAAGAGGUGACAUCUGGAGAGGUUUGUUCAGAAAGCAGGCAGCUUGUGGACAACAGAGGAAGAGGGGGAAUGGAGUCUGGACAGACAAAGUGUCCCCCUGACACUCAACAUGCAGAACAAGGGACAACUGUAGGAUCAAGGUCCAAGUUGCCAGAUUUCAGUGGACUGUCCAACCGAAACAGAUUUUCAUCCCCAAGGGUUACCAUCCACCAGGUUCCCCAAAGAGGGAAGCCAGUCAACUUCCCGAAUUUCAACAGAGGCUCCACUUCUUCAUCGAAAGGCAUAGAAAAGCAGCCGCAACAGCUGAUGUCUCACUCCACCCAGAGGCAGCUCCGGUGCAGCCUCUGCGGAAAGCCCUUCCCUCAGCCGGCAUACCUAAGGAGGCACAUGCGGGUCCAUACGGGGGAGAAACCAUAUGGCUGCAGCCACUGCACCAAGCGCUUCUCCCACAGCCACCAGCUGAAGAUGCAUGAGAGGGUGCACACCGGAGAGAAACCAUUUCAUUGCAUCUACUGCGGGAAGUGCUUCACCCAGUCCGGCCACAUGAAGAGGCAUCUCCUUAUCCACACUGGCAGCAGGCCACAGGACAUUGGGCUGCCCUGAGUGUUCCAAGGUGAAGUUUCCCCUAGGUACAGAUCUAGAAUCAGCUUCCUCUUCCCCAAUCCUAACCUUAAGCAUUAGUGGAAAAAAAUAUACUAAACUGACCGAAGAUCAGCUUCUAGGGGUAACUUCACACUACUCCACCUGGCAUAAUGAUAAGUAGGGCCAGGAGGUUUUCCUCACCAUGUGAUCAGACCAGGAAAAACUCCUCUCUAGUUGUUAGGGGACUGGCUCCACACUACUGGAGUUUUCAUAUGAACACUGGGUCCAUGUGUUUUCAACAGUUUGGAUUAGAGGUCGACCGAUUAUGAUUUUUCAAUCCUGAUACCGAUUAUUGGAGGACCAAAAAAAGCCGAUACCGAUGAAUCGGCCGAUUUUUAUAUAUAUAUUUGAAAUAAUGACAAUUACAACAAUACUGAAUGAACAAUGAACACUUUUAUUUUAACUUAAUAUAAUAUUUAAAUAAAAUCAAUUUAGUCUCUUAUAAAUAAUGAACAUGUUCAAUUUGGUUUAAAUAAUGCAAAAACAAGGUGUUGGAGAAGUAGUUGUAGUUAUUAUAGGACUAUUUCUCUCUAUACCAUUGGUAUUUCAUAUACCUUUGACUAUUGGAUGUUGUAAUAGGUACUUUAGUAUUGCCAGCCUAAUCUCGGGAGUUGAUAGGCUUGAAGUCAUAAACAGCGCAAUGCUUGAAGCAUUGCGAAGAGCUGCUUGCAAACGCAGUAAAGGGCUGUUUGAAAGAAUGCUUACAAGCCUGCUGCUGCCUACCACCGCUCAGUCAGACUGCUCUAUCAAAUCAUAAACUUAAUUAUAAUAUAAUAACACACAGAAAUAUGAGCCUUGGGUCAUUAAUAUGGUAAAAUCCAGAAACUAUCAUUUCUAAAACAAAACGUUUAUUCUUUCAGUGAAAUACGGAACCGUUCCGUAUUUUAUCUAAUGGGUGGCAUCCAUAAGUCUAAAUAUUGCUGUUACAUUGCACAACCUUCAAUGUUAUGUCAUAAUUACGUAAAAUUCUGGCAAAUUAGUUCGCAACGAGCCAGGCGGCCCAAACUGCUGCAUAUACCCUGACUCUGUUGCACAGAACGCAAGAGAAGUGACACAAUGUCCCUAGUUAAAAUAAAUUAAUGUUAGCAGGCAAUAUUAACUAAAUAUGCAGGUUUAAAAAUAUAUACUUGUGUAUUGAUUUUAAGAAAGGUGUUGAUGUUUAUGUUUAGGUACACAUUGGUGCAACGACAGUGCUUUUUUCGCAAAUUAAAUCACCCAUUUAGCAAAGUAGGCUAUGAUUCAAUGAUGAAUGAACAGGCACCGCAUCGAUUAUAUGCAACGCAGGACAAGCUAGACAAACUAGUAAUAUCAUCAACCAUGUGUUGUUAACUAGUGAUUAUGUUAAGAUUUAUUGUUUUUUUAUAAGAUAUGUUUCAUGCUAGCUAGCACCUUACCUUGGCUCCUUGCUGCACUCGCAUAACAGGUAGUCAGCCUGCCACGAAGUCUCCUCAUGGAGUGCAAUGUAAUCGGCCAUGAUCGGUGUGCAAAAAUGCCGAUUACCAAUUGUUAUGAAAACUUGAAAUCGGCCCUAAUGAAUCGGCCAUUCCAAUGAAUCGGUCGACCUCUAGUUUGGAUAGUUACCACAUUGAACACUACCCUCUGUGUGUAGUGGUUGUGUUUUGAGUUCAACUGGCUUGAUGCUUGGUCCAGAGUGGACUGAUAAUCCAUAACUUAUAACAGGUGAAGAUUUUAAAAAUCAUUGGUGCAGUACAGUAAUUUAUUUUAAUUGUAUUUAUUAUUUAUUUAACCAGGUGAGUUGACUGAGAAUACAUUGUGAUUUACAGCAACGUCCUGGGGUAAAUUACAAUACAUAGACCUAGUUAAAAGCCAUAUUUAACACGCAGAAAUAUAAGCAAGCGAAAUUCAAUAAAGAUCAAUCUCAUAAGAAUUCCAAUUUCCUUUUGCCUCUCAACAAUAUUGAUGUACUAUAAGACUGAUAGGCUACAAGAAAAUUAUAGAGAUGUGAUGGAAUUAAUAUAUAUUUAGUGUCUGUCCUCAUACAAUAAAGUAGGCUAAUGUAAUUGAAUAAUAA